AAUGACUGAAGCAAAAGCAAAAAGUAAAAAAGACUUAGCUCUUCCCGUCGAUACAGCUUCUUCUGAACCCAUUGAUUUAAACAGCUUUUCAGCUAAGAAGACAGCUAUGUCAGGAGCUCUUGGAUUUGGAUUACUUUGCUCAAAUGCAGAUCAGAUAAGAACUAUUCUGCUGCUAGAGCAAAGAAAUGAUGUGGACUACACUAGACUGGGUAUUCUUGCUUUCAGUCUACUACUUCAGGUGGUGACGAUGAGCUUACUAACAGUUCUUUCAGCUAGUGGGAAGGUCAACCAGGCUAGGAAGAAAAAGCAGAACGGAUUAAACACUUCUGCAAUGGUACUCUCUUUUCUAGUUACUGUAUUAAAUCUUCUAGCCACAGUAUUUCAAGGAAACGCAACCAGCUUGGUAAAGAGGUUUAACUGAGCUUGUUUAAUAGUGCUGUGAGAAAUAAUAAACAGUAAAGAAAAUGAGUCUUUGCCUAAAACUCUGAUUAAAUAAUCCUUAUAUCUUUGCAACCUUAGUUAUUUCAAAUUA